UAUCGGGAAGAGUGAAAAGACUUCGAGACCUCAGUGGGCAGAGCCUCCUCCAGCAGGGAACAACUAAAGGGGACUUUUUCUUCUUCGAACACUUCAACACACAAUGGCGGACAAGGAAAAGAAGAAGAAGAAGAAGGCAAAAGAAGAUGGGCCAGCUGAAGCUGCACCCGCCCCUGCUGCUGCCCCUGAGCCUGCCGCAGCUGAGCCUAACAGACAGAGCUCUCGAGGUUCCAGAAAGGCAGCAAGGCGUACUGGAAGCAAUGUGUUCUCCAUGUUCUCCCAGAGGCAGGUCGCUGAGUUCAAGGAGGCCUUCCAACUGAUGGACCAAGAUAAGGAUGGUGUCAUUAGCAAGAGUGACCUUCGAGCAACCUUUGACCAGCUGGGCCGUCUUGCCUCUGACAAGGAGCUUGAUGAGAUGGUCAACGAGGCUCCUGGACCAAUCAACUUCACACAGCUGCUCACUUUGUUCGCCGGAAGAAUGUCUGGAGGAUCUGAUGAUGAUGAUGUUGUAAUUGCUGCUUUCAAGUCAUUUGAUGAUGAUGGAAAGAUUGACAGUGAAAGACUGAGGCAUGCCCUGAUGACCUGGGGUGACAAGUUCUCAGGUGGUGAAGUGGAUGAUGCCUAUGACAACUUUGAAAUUGAUGACAAGGGUUUUAUCAACACAGCGAAGCUCAUUCAACUGCUCACAGCCUCUCCAGAGGAGGAGGAAGAAGGCGAGGCUGCUUAAAUCAUCGUCUAGUCCAUGGAGAGAUCAUCACAUUUCAUCAACAUACAUUGUGCUAUAGAAAAGACACACCUGAAUUCACCCCAAAAGCCAAAUCUCAGAAAUAAAAACAAGCUUGUUUCUUGAGGUCAGUGAAAUAACCUGAUUAUUUUAAAGGUUAUUCUCCAGACAAGAAACUAUUCCAUUUCUUCUAAGGGGGUCUGUUCAGUGGGUCCAUCAUUCAUGAACGCUGGCUGACAUCUUGAAUGGUCAUUACAUCAUGCAGAAGGUAUUCUUACAUUGAAGCACAGAGAUAUUUCAGAAAUAAAGCAAGUAUAAAAAUCAUGAGUGUCACUAUUCCAUGUCACAUUUAAGGACCUUCUUUUCAUGCUACCAUGACAGAACCAUCUACAACAAUCUGUCUUUGUUCAUAAAAUGCUUCUACUACUUUUGGGUUAAGAUUUUGUAUUAAAAAAAAAAAGGAAACCCUGUCAAGCACUAGGAAGGAUUCAUCAUUUUUAUAUUUAAAGACAAUAAAAGUCUCUUGUGCUUAUCAGCAGAACAGCCAUCACUCUCAUAACAUUCUCAGUCUUUCAAUUCUAGAUACUACUUCAUAUGUUCAUUUGUUUAAUUAUAUUCACCAUUAAUGAUUUUCUUCCUUCCACUUGUUACUUUCUACAUUCUUCUCCUUCCAUUUCUUUUUCUCUCACUCUCUUAAUUCUUCCUGUCACAUUUCAUUUCAUAUUUAACCAGUAUCUGCUGAUUUAUUUGUGCUCAACACACUGGUUUAUGGAGCAUUAAGAAUCAUGACAGCAUUCAAUAAAAAGCUAUGUAAAGACA